GAGAUUCUUGUUCAACUUCGUUAGAAAAGGGAGCGAGUGAAGGGAACGGAAGUACUAUAUUUACCGCAAAACAACUCCAUAGUUCACAUCUCUCACAAUCACGAGAAAGCACCUUUUCCGAUUUCUUACAACAAAGGAAAAAGAGAAAAAGAGACAAACAAAUGGGUUUUGAGAAGGAGUAUGAAUUUCUGAAUGAGAUUGAUAUUUGCUCGCGUAAUGUUGGAUGUUAUGUGAGUGGAAAAUGGAAGGCUAACGGUCCUGUCAUCUCUACCAUCAAUCCGGCUACCAAUAAGCCAAUUGCUGAAGUUGUGGAGGGUUCUUUGGAAGAUUAUGAGGAAGGACUGAAAGCUUGUGAAGAAGCUUCAAAGAUAUGGAUGCAGAUGCCUGCGCCAAAAAGAGGUGAAAUUGUUAGACAGAUUGGGGAUGCUUUGAGAGCUAAACUACAACACCUCGGACGGUUGGUGUCGCUUGAAAUGGGAAAGAUAUUGGCUGAAGGGAUAGGGGAAGUUCAGGAAAUCAUUGAUAUGUGUGAUUUUGCGGUGGGGUUAAGCCGGCAACUAAAUGGCUCAAUUAUUCCUUCAGAACGCCCAAAUCAUGCAAUGCUGGAGGUCUGGAAUCCUCUUGGGAUAGUUGGUGUGAUCACAGCAUUCAAUUUUCCCUCUGCUGUUCUCGGUUGGAAUGCAUGCAUUGCACUUGUAUGUGGCAAUUGUGUUGUCUGGAAAGGUGCUCCAACAACUCCUUUGGUCACCAUUGCAUUGACCAAGAUUAUAGCUGGUGUCUUAGAGAAGAAUGAUUUGCCAGGUGCAAUUUUUACCUCCCUUUGUGGUGGGGCUGAAAUUGGUCAAGCAAUUGCGAAAGAUACGCGCAUUCAGCUUGUUUCAUUUACUGGAAGUUCUAAGGUCGGAAUGAUGGUUCAACAAAUUGUGAAUCAACGAUUUGGAAAGUGCUUACUAGAAUUAAGUGGAAACAACGCCAUAAUUGUUAUGGAUGAUGCUGAUAUUAAUCUGGCUGUCCGUGCUGUUCUAUUUGCAGCUGUUGGUACUGCUGGUCAGCGCUGUACAACCUGCCGUAGGCUGCUGCUUCAUGAAAGCAUAUAUGAGAAGGUGCUUGAGCAACUGCUUGGUGCCUACAAACAAGUGAAGAUAGGGGAUCCUCUUGAGAAUGGUACCUUACUUGGGCCUUUGCAUACUAAAACUUCAAGAGACAAUUUUGUUAAGGGAAUCAAGGCCAUAAAACUCCAGGGAGGCAAAAUUUUGACUGGAGGUGCUGCUAUAGAAUCUGAAGGAAACUUUGUUCAGCCAACUAUUGUUGAGAUUUCUCCCGACGCCGAUGUGGUAAAAGAAGAGCUCUUUGCCCCUGUACUGUAUGUCAUGAAGUUCAAGACUCUUCAAGAAGCAAUCGCAAUAAAUAACUCUGUGCCCCAGGGUUUAAGUAGUUCUAUCUUUACCAAGAGACCUGAAGCUAUCUUCAGAUGGAUUGGGCCCUUGGGAAGCGACUGUGGGAUUGUGAACGUGAAUAUACCAACAAAUGGUGCUGAAAUCGGAGGUGCUUUCGGGGGUGAAAAGGCAACUGGAGGUGGCAGGGAAGCAGGAAGUGAUUCCUGGAAGCAAUACAUGAGACGUGCAACAUGUACGAUUAAUUACGGGAAUGAAUUACCGCUUGCACAGGGAAUCAACUUUGGUUAAGAUUAUCUCUCUGAGGACUGCAUAUGUUCUCUGAACUUAAACUUGUAAAGAUGGCUUGUUCGAGAGCGCCACACAAGGGAAGAGGGGAGUCUGUUAAAGCUGAUAUUCUUGUUUCUUAAAAACCCUCAUAUAACUGGAUUUGCCCAUGAUAAUGAAAUAAAUAAAUUCUACUUUUGGCUUA